AUGCUCAUACAGGAUCUCUGGCGAACGGGCUGUGAAUGGGAUGAAGAGAUAGAUGAGGAAUCAAUAGCUAAGUGGAAAAAUUGGAUAGGACGCUUGCCGGAGAUUGAACAAAUUAGGGUACCUCGCUAUCAUUUCGUGAAAGGGCAGGAGGCGGACUACAGUACUUUACAGCUGCACGUAUUCGUCGAUGCCAGCUCAAACGCAUAUGGGUGCGCAUCGUAUUUCCGGAUUUUGGUCGCUGGAAAACCGUAUUGUUCUCUCGUGAUGGCGAAGUCCAAGCGAAAAUACAAGCAGUAUGUUGCUUUUCGAAUUGGAGAGAUCCAUUCUCUUACUAAUCCGGACGAAUGGCGCUGGUUACCAACAAAGCACAAUGUAGCAGACGACGUGACUAAGUGGCAAGCGGGACGCCGAUUCGAAUCCGACUCACCAUGGUUCCAGGGGACAAGCUUUCUAAAUCAUUUCGAAGAGCUAUGGCCGCAGCAACCGCAAGUGUUGGAGGAAAUUCGGGCAAUAAAUAUGUUUCACGAUGUCUCAGCUAUGGAAGCAGUUAUUGACCCCCUCAGAUUCUCUAAGUGGAAGGUUCUGAUUCGAACUGUAGCUUGCGUGUAUCGUUUCAUAACAAACUGUCGACGAAAGAUAGCAAAGCUGAGUAUUGAAGCUAUUCCAGUACCAGAAAAGGUGAAAAAACUCGCAAAAGUAAAACAUCCAGUUGUCUUUGUUCCACUAAAGCGUGAGGAGCAUCAGAAGGCUGAAUCCUAUCUAUGGCGAGUCGCACAAGCAGAAGUAUACAAGGAAGAAGUGAAGAUUCUACUAAAAAAUCAACAACUUUCUAGGUCAGACCGUCAUCGACUAGAGAAAGAUAGUGAACUUUACGACAAAUCUCCUUCCUUAGACGAUAGCAACGUUAUAGGAAUGGAAGAAAGGACAACUAAUGCUCCGUUCAUUCCGUUCAAGUUGCGUUGUCCAAUUGUUAUGACGAAGGGACAUCGCAUUACUACGAUGCUAGUGGAAUAUUUCCAUCAAAAAAUGGGUCACGCGAACAUUCAGACUGUUGUGAACGAGAUGCGACAGCGAUUCUGUAUUAAGCAUCUCAGAGCAGAGCUGAAGCGCGUAGCAAGACAGUGUGUACGGUUUAGGAUCAGGAAGACUAACCCAGUGAUCCCCAGAAUGGCACCUCUUCCAGUUCAGCGUAUUACUCCCUAUAAGCGCCCGUUCAGUUACACAGGUAUCGAUUAUUUCGUGCCGGUGCUUGUGACCGUAGGGCGUCGAACAGAAAAACGGUGGAUUGCCCUCUUCACAUGUUUAACAACGAGGGCAGUACAUCUUGAGGUCGCCCAUAGCCUGACGACUCAAGCAUGCGUUAUGGCGAUAAGGCGGUUGGCCUGCCGGCAAGGAACUCCACUUGAGUUUUUUUCAGACAACGGAACGAAUUUCAAAGGUGCGAGUAAGGAGAUUGUAAAACGUAUUUCUGCAGAUUGCGAAGAGGCGUUCACAGACGCUACAACUAGGUGGAACUUCAAUCCAUCCUCGGCACCCCAUAUGAGCGGGGCAUGGGAACGAUUGGUACGCUCGGUGAAGGCAGCCCUCAGCGAGCUAGAUGAUGGUCGGAAGUUGACGGAUGAACUACUUCUUACCGUGUUGGCGGAAGCAGAAGAUCUUGUCAACUCACGGCCGUUGACGUAUCUCCCAGUGGAACUAGGAAUGGAAGCAGCACUAACUCCAAAUCAUUUCCUGCGUUCAUCUGUGACAGGAGAUAUCACGCAAUCGGUGGCAAAAAGCAACCAAGCAGAAGCGCUGCGGGACUCAUACAAGCGGUCGCAACAUCUUGCGGACCUGAUAUCGAAGCGCUGGAUAUUAGAAUACUUGCCGAUGUUGAACCAGCGAACUAAGUGGCACGAUGAAUCGGAUCCGAUUGAAAUAGGCGAUGUGGGGUACGUCGUGGAUGAACACAACCGUAAAACCUGGAUUCGAGGUGUCGUUACUACUGUCUACAAGUCAACAGAUGGCCGAAUAAGACAGGCUGCUGUAAGAACUACAAAGGGAGAGUUCAAGCGACCGGUAGCUAAGCUGGCGGUGCUCGAAGUGAGAGAUCGUAAAUCUGGCUUCAAGGCAGAGCCAACACCAGUGUUACGGGGCGGGGCUAUGUAA